AUGCUGCGAUCGCUCGUAUCGGCAGCGAGGCCGGUCCUCGCCUCCUCUGCACGGGCGGACAUUGGUGCCACUCGCAUGCUCACUUCUACAUCGACGGCAAGGGGCAAGUCUGGCUCGGGCCCUAGCACCUCAUCUGCGUCGGCAUCAUCGUCAUCAGCGUCCCCCUCAUCAACAUCGUCAGCCUCGACAUCCUCAACCACCAGCUCUUCUGCAACACCACCUUCAUCCUCAUCGACCCCACCCACAUCCGCGACAGCGUCAUCGUCCUCCACCACUCCACCACCUCCGUCCACCAAGCCUCUGGUCCGGGAGUCCUCCACGCCCGCAGACGCACUAAACACCCUCCCUCUGCCCUACCUCUCGUUCGCCAUCGGCGUGCCCACCCCUCCCUCCUCCGCCGCGCCCACCUGGUCGGAGCGUCGUGAAACGCUCACCUCUACCGACUACCGUAUGGCCUCUCGAACCGCCAUUGUCAAAGAAGCAACCCGGGGCUAUUUUCACGACUUUCACGCGAUCCGAUCGCACGGGGGCAAAACGUGGCGUGCGCCCUCCACCCUUAUUCGUGAAGACCGCAGUCUUUACUUCCCUCGCUUCGCCGGUACGCGUCUCGCCGAUCGGGCGAGUGUCAACACCGUCGACAUGCUCAGGGGGAAAGUGAGCAUCGUGGCGUUGUUGGGGAGUAAGAUCUCCGAAGAACACACAAAGAGCUUCUACGCCGAUACGGUGGCAGAGUUUCAAGGGAGAAAAGGCUUUCAGUUGGUCCAGAUCAAUUUGCAGAACAACAAGUUGAAAAGCUAUCUGGUUAGCCUCUUUCUUGCGUCGCUGCGCAGUCAGAUCCCUCAAGAAUGGCACCAGACGUAUCUGUUGAGCAGUCAAAACAUCGAAUUGGAAAAAGAUGCGCUAGGGUAUCAUAACAAGCACGUAGGGUAUACGUAUCUCGUCGAUGAGCGGGGCAAGGUCAGGUGGGCCGGCGGAGCGUUUGCCGAAGAGGGCGAGAGGGACGCGUUGAAACGGUGCACGGGGGUGUUGCUGGAAAGAGUGGGGGAGAAGAGGAAGUAG